GGCUGCCGGCCCGCGUGUGAGUUGUAGUAGGCGCUGCGCACAGCUGCAACGCACCCGUAAACUCGUUCACCCAUCGAAACCGCGGCCCCACGGCAGCGACACGGCCGGCUCCUGGAGGCUGCCCCAAGCAAGCACAAAUGCCACGAUGCCGCGCGUAGUCGUCGUCGGCGCGUCCUUCGCCGGCCUCUACGCGGCCAAGGGCCUGCGCCGCGUCGCCGACGUCGUUCUGAUUGAUGCGUCUGAUGAAUGGGAGUUCACUCCCGGGGUCCACGAGGUCCUGGGCGGCCGGCGAAAGGCCGAGACGAUCCUCACUUCUUUCCAUGAUGCGCUGCCGGGCGUCGAGUUUGUGAAAGGCGUCGCCGUGGCGGCGCAUGAACGCGAGGUCCACGUCGAGUGUGAUGGGGAAAGGAAAAGGGUGCCCUACGACCACCUCAUUGUUUGCGUCGGCUGCGCCUACGCGCGACCGAUCAAAGCUCAACUGGCUUCAUUAGAUCGGCGGGCGCAGCUCGCCGGCGCCCAACGCGAGUUGGGAGACGCCUCCUCAGUUCUGGUGGUCGGCGGCGGCGCGGUGGGCGUCGAGGUCGCGGGCGAGCUCGCCGCCAAUCAUACCGUGACGCUGACGGCGCGGGAGAGCGAACUGGUGCGCGAUCUGCCGGAAGCGGCGCGGCGCUACGCUCUUGAAGCUCUUCGCUCAAAAAACGUGCGCGUCAAACUAAACGGCGAGGAGGAGCGCGGCUCCUUCGACGCGCGCGUCGCGUGCUACGGCGCCCGGCCGCGGACGGGCUGGCUCGCGACCUUUGUUGACAGAGACGCGCGCGGCUUCGUCCGCGUCGACGAUCGCUUCCGGACAUCAAUGAAAAACGUCUGGGCCGCCGGCGACUGCGUCGCCAAAGACGCCGAUCAGUACCUCGCGGCCUACGCCCACUUCGAGGGCGAGUACGUGGCUUUGAUGGUGGCUUCGGAAAUUUUGGGAAAAGCGCCGCCCGGCGCCUACGUACCGCCGGCGCGGAUCGUCGCCCUGGCGCUCGGCCCGGACGAUGGGGUGCUGUGCUACGGGCGCGUGGUGGUGUUGAAAGGACGCGCCGUGCCGUGGGUCAAAGCCUUGGUCGAGCGGUGGGUCGUCCGGCUGUGGCCGCUGCCCUACGAAUUGUUUCGUCGGCUGCCGGCGCUGGCGUAGUAGGUCCUCCUGUGUAUAUACUGUAUUUAUCA